UGCACCACCAUCACCCUCCCCUCAACAACCGGCGACCCCGCCGCCACAUUCAAAGACGACCUCGACGCCACCCGCGCCGCCAUCAUCACCGAAACAAUCCACCACGGCCGCAAUGUCGUCCUGAUCGCGCACUCCUACGGCGGCAUGGUCGCCAACAGCGCCAUCAAAGGCUUCACCUCGCCCUCAUCACCCUCAUCCGGCAUCAUCAUCGGCCUAAUCCUCAUAGCCUCCGGCUACACCUUAACGGGCCUCUCCUUCAUGGACCCCUUCCUAGGCCACCCGCCGCCCUCCUGGCGCGCAAACCACACCACCGGGUUCGCCGAGGUAGUCACUUCCCCGCGCGAGCUCUUCUACCAUGACCUCCCCGAGGAAGAAGCCCGGUACUGGGUAUCGCAGCUCAGACCGCAAAGCCUGAAAGCGCUGUUCGAAGGCGGCGAGUACUCGUACGCCGGGUGGAAGGAUGUCCCGAGCUGGUAUAUUGGAACUGGGGAGGAUAAAGGACUGCCGGUACUGAUGCAGAGGGUAGGCGUGGGGAUGGCGAAGGGGAUGUGUCCGGGGUUGAGGGUGGUGUAUAGGGAGGUGGAAGGGGCGAGUCAUUCGGUGUUUUUGAGUCGGGUGGAGGUUGUUGGCGGGUUGGUUUGGGAGGCGCUGGGGGGG